GAGCGAAUUGGUUUCAUUAAACUCAUAAAAUAUAGAUUAGUUUAUGCAUUUUGAAUGAAACUGUUCAUUAAUCAGUGAUUGAUUAUGCAUUCCAGAUAGUCGCGAUAUUCGCAAAUUAUAUUACUAUAUGCAAUAGCGGUAAAGCAGUUUGUUAAAACUCAAAAUUUUUAAUUUCGUGAAUUAAAACCAGAAAACGAUGAGCGUACGCAAGAGACCGGACCAACGAUCCGAUCAGGUCGAGUUACUGAAAUCAUUGCCAACCACCGAUCAUGAAGAUGAAAAACAUGAACCUAGCAAUUUGCGGGGCGAUUGGAGCAACAUAGCUAUCCUAUUUUUCCUGUACCUGCUACAAGGAAUUCCCAUUGGAUUGGCGGCGGCAAUUCCAAUGCUGUUGCAGAACCGUGGAGCUAGUUACAAACAGCAGGCAGAAUUCAGUUUCGCUCAUUGGCCGUUCAGUAUGAAGCUGCUGUGGGCGCCUAUCGUUGAUUCGCUGUACUAUAAUCGUUUCGGACGCCGGAAAUCGUGGCUUAUACCGACCCAGUAUUUGAUUGGACUUUUUAUGAUCAUUCUAUCGAUGCAUGUGAACCGAUGGCUUGGCAGUAGUUCCGAGGAUGGCACGUUGGCGCCAAAUAUACCGAUACUAACCGGGAUUUUUUUCGCUUUGAAUUUUCUUGCGGCUACGCAGGACAUCGCAGUGGAUGGUUGGGCACUAACAAUGUUGAAACGAUGCAAUGUGGGUCAUGCUUCGACCUGUAACAGCGUGGGUCAAACGGCUGGAUACUUUCUGGGAUACGUGGCUUUCAUGGCACUGGAAUCGGCCGAAUUUUGCAACAGCUAUUUACGAUCGGAACCCUCGGACGAGGGUUUGGUAACGCUUCCUGGAUUUCUUUGGUUCUGGGGUUUGGUAUUCCUCGUCACCACCACUUUUGUGGCACUUCUGAAACGGGAAUCCUUGCCAAGCAUAGAUCGUGGACAUGAUGAACACUUGGAGUUGGAUAUAAAACAAACCUACAAACUUCUGUUCGACAUUAUCAAAAUGAAGCCAAUUAUGAUUUUAACCGCCAUUCUACUGACGGUGAAGAUAGGUUUUGCCGCUUGCGAUGCUGUUAGCUCACUGAAACUGAUCGACGCUGGUGUUCCGAAGGAUAAACUUGCUCUGCUAGUGGUACCACUGGUUCCUCUGCAGAUAAUUCUGCCACUAGUGAUUAGUAAAUAUACGACAGGGCCACGUCCUAUGGAGGUCUACCUGAAAGCCAUUCCGUAUCGGAUAGCCUUAACGAUAGUCGCUGCUGCCGUCGUUUGGUUCACACCGGCUAUGAUACACAACCAUCAUGUUCCUUACUACUAUUAUCUGAUAUUAUUAGUCAACUACGGUCUCUACCAGAUAGCUCUUUAUAGUAUGUUCGUUGCGGUGAUGGCCUUUUUCGCACGAAUAAGCGAUCCAGCCGUCGGAGGAACAUAUAUGACACUACUGAACACGUUAAGUAAUCUCGGUGGCAACUGGCCAACCACGGUUGUCCUCUGGAUGGUGGAUGUGCUGACCUGGAAGCGUUGUACGAAUCCAACUGACAAUACGUGUUCCGAUAACGAACAACAAGAGGCAUGCCUGAACGGAGGUGGUAAGUGCGAACUUCAAAUCGACGGUUACUACAUUGAGAUCGUCAUCUGUUUGGUGUACGGCAUUUUAUGGUUUCAAUGGGGCAAACACAAAAUACGAUACCUGCAGAGUUUACCCCUGAGUGCUUGGAGAGUAGUUCACCGGCAGCGAGCGCAUACGAGUUAGCAAUUAAUGCAGUUGAUAUAGAAAACUAGGCUGGCUGAAUGAGCAAAAAACCACCGACAACGGCAUGAUUGAGUGUUAGAUUAUUUUCGUUUUAGUAUAUUUUGUUGUUGUUGUUGGAGCAUCUUUAUAUUUUAAUUAGUUUAUUUGUAGAAAGACCGCGAAAAUCGGAGUAGCGUUGAUCAAAUUUGAGCAGCUGAUUGAUUUAAUUAUAGUAGAUAUCGAUGCAAAAUUACAUAAAAGUACUAUUUUCGACAAUAAUACUGCACAGAAUAAAGAUCUACAGUGAUCUUUACACGGCUCGAUACUAUUGUCAAUACUUAGUAUUUUGGCGAAACUGUUUCAUAAUGUGAUGGACAUUUUGUGCCCAGGUGCAUUCAGAUAGAGUCGAUGUAUUGAAAGAAUUUUAACAUUACUGUUGUGUAUUGACAGUAGUAUUACUCUCACAAACCGCUGAUACUUUUAAAUAUCACAUGAAUUCAGCCGUAAGAAUAAAAAAAAAAACAUGCACUAUUUUGUUCCACUUAAGGAAUUCCAGAGUAACACUUUUCCGUGCACAUGACUUUCGGUGACAUUUUUUCUAAAAAUACAUGUAAAUCAGUUUCAGUUUGCCAGGUUUUUAACGUCGUAACACAAAUCGUAUCUAAAUAGUAGAAUUCCGAUAGCAACAGAUUAUUCCAUCUUUUAUAAGAAAUCUACGCGCAAAUGAUUUUGCCUCAAUAGCAUAGGACAGUAUACGGUAAUGAUCAUUGUAUGAACAUUUGUUCCAAUGGAAUCAUCAAAAUAAAUUAUCAUAACUUGACACAA